AUGGCAGAAUCCAUUGUUGCAUCAUCUGUCAAGUGGAUUGGCUCUAUAUUGAUUCAGGAAGCCAAUAUAUUAUUCGAUGUGGCAGAUCAAGUACGGGGCCUUCAGCAAGAGCUUGAAGAAAUGCAGCAAUACCUCCAAGAUGCUGAUAAAAAGCAUGAAAAGGAAGAACUCAUUUGUGUUCUUAUACGACAAAUUACAAAGCUUGCAUAUGAUGCUGAGGAUGUGAUUGACAUGUAUGUCCUUAAUGCACAAGCCAAGUCUGAAGAGAGCUGGAUCUUUAGAUUUGCUUGCUUCAUGCGUAGUGCCCCAAAGAUGUAUGAAGUUGGGAAGCAUAUAUAUGAGACACGAGAAAAAGUGAAGAACACCAUUGAAAAGUUGAAUAAUUAUGGACUAAGAAAGAUCCAUGAAGUAGAAGGUUUUAGACGACUCCAUCAUAGGAGGCCAGAGCGUCGAAGCUACUACUAUGAUAACUUUGAGUUUGUUGUUGGCUUGGAGAAGGACAUGCAAAAACUGUUGUUAGAAGUACUUAUAGGUGAGAGGAACAGCCACAUAAAAGUUCUAUCCAUUGUAGGAAUGGGUGGCUGCGGGAAAACUACCUUGGCCAGGAAGCUUUACAAUCAUCCAUGUACCCAAAAGUGCUUCAUGAACUGUAUGGCAUGGGUAUCCAUUUCUCAAGAAUGGGACACCCGUCAUGUUCUAUCCGAAAUUCUGAGGAAAGUGGGUGGUCCGGUCCGAAGGACGAAGGAGACGUCUGAGCUUCAUGCCAAAUUGAAUGUGGAGGAGCUGAUGGAUAAGCUCUACAACAUUUUGAAAGAGAAUCUAUACUUGGUCGUCCUGGAUGAUGUAUGGAGGAAAGAGGCUCUAGAGCAAUUACUUCCUGCCCUUCCAUGGGGAAGUAUAAAUAGCGGCAGCAAGAUUAUCAUCACAACUCGCAAUCAGAAAAUCAUUCAGUCUCAUCAAAACAUUCAGCAAAAUUUAUACGUCCGCAAGCCACGUCCUUUAAGUGAGGAGGAAGGUUGGGACUUGCUAAAUAAGCUUGCCCUUAGUCGGCACAAAAGUUGCAGCACAGAAAGUUUUGAGAGACUUGGCAAAGAAAUGCUGAAGAAAUGUGGUGGACUUCCCUUGGCUAUAGUAGCACUAGCUGGAAUUUUGAACACAAGAGAAAGCAUAGGAGAGUGGCAGCAGGUGAGUGACACUGUACGUUCACGAGUGAUGGAGGGUACCUAUACAGACACAUGCACAAGCGUACAGGAUUUGCUAGCUUUGAGUUAUGAAGACCUACCAUAUGAUUUGAAGCCUUGCUUUCUUUAUCUUGGUGUAUUUCCAGAAGACUGCCAAAUUGCAGCUGGGAUGCUUACUCGGAUGUGGAUAGCUGAAGGUCUUGUUGGCACACCUAAUCAAGAGAUGUCCCAAGAAGAUGUAGCACUACAAUGUUUAGAGGAGUUGAGCCACCGGUUCAUGAUUCAGGUAGUGCCAACCAACUUUAAGGGUGCCAUAAAGGCAUUUCACUUGCAUGAUCUAUUGCGUGAUCUUUGUAUCAAAAAAUCCAAGGAAGAGAGUUUUCUUCAAGUUUAUACCGCUGGUAGCAGUGAUCAGGAUGCCAUUCAUGCGUCUUUGCUGAAAAUCCAACCACGUAGAGCUGCUCUUCAUUCCAGCAUCACUUUCCCCACACAAGAUUCAAAUUUGAGGUCACUUGUUUUGUUGACAAAAUCUAGUAGCUUGCACAAUACUUACGCUUCCAAGGCAUUAGAUCUGAGAAUUGUCCAUCAGAAUUUUAAGUUGUUGAGGUUGUUGAAUCUGUGGGGUAUUAAGACUGCCUCUGGUACCUUACCUUCACAAAUUGGAAGCUUUAUUCACUUAAGACCACUCUCAAUGAGUGCUCUAAGAUACCUUGGAAUUCGUGCUUCAAAUAUAACAAAGCUUCCCAAUUCUAUAGGGAAUUUGAGGAAGUUAUUGACUUUAGACUACAGGAACAUUGACUCUGAUAACAGCGUACCUAUAAUUAUUCCAAAUAUAUUUGGGAAGUUUGUUCAACUUAGGCAUCUAUUCUUGCCUGUUCAUUCUCCUUUGAGAUUAGAACAGUUGCAGCUGAGUUGUAUGUCAAACCUGCAAAUUUUGUGGGGUGUGAGAUGUAAUGGAGGGAGCGAUUGGUUUGCAAGAGAGGUACCAAAACUAAGCACAAGUUUGAAAAAGUUGAAGGUGAUUGUGACUACCGAGAAGGAUCUGAAGGCUGCCUUCAAUUGCCCAAGCCUGACAUCUGGUCGACUCCAUACAUUUCACUGUGAGUGGAGUGAUGGUGUAGCCUUACAGCUUGCUAAUCCAAUCUUCUCUCACAACCAAUACCUACAUAAACUGGUAUUGGUUGGAAAGCUACAGGUGAACAGAUUGUCUUUCAUAUUGCCACCGAACCUUGUAAUAUUAGAGUUGAAGGAUAGCAAUCUAGAAAAUGAAGACCCCAUGGUGGCCGCUGGAGCCUUGCCCCAUCUGAAGCUCCUGAAACUUACCAAUUCCUUCCUGGGCACUGUGUUUUCCUGCAAAGAUGACUCAUUUCCUAUGCUUGAAGAACUCUAUUUGGCGAGUCUCCCAAAAUUGAACAUAUGGGAAGUACAGACAGGCGCGCUGCCUUGUCUUAAGAAGUUGGUGAUUAUCAAGUGUGGUAUGCUACACAUGUUUCCCCUUGGCUUGCCGUUUGUUACCACCCUUCAGCAACUCGAGUGUUUCGGAGUGCCGCAGGAGUUUGUCCAAAAAGCAGAAGAAUGUGGAUGGUCAAGACAAAGCCUUAGGCUGCCUCAUAACUUUGAAGCCAUCAUUGAACAAUCUGACACUCCUGUUGACUUUUCCUCUAUCAGCAAGCUCUACGAGCAGCUCAUUGCUGGAGGUUUUUUGAGUAAUAAAACACAGAAAUACUGGGUCGUGAAGGGAAAUGACAUCUACUAUAACAGCUUCAUGUUGUACGCCCCAUGCCUAUCUUUGGCUGAGUGUCACCCAUUUAAGGAUAUUUCCUUGGAUAAUUGCUGGGAAUGGAGCCAAAUAGAAGAAAGCGAGGGAGCAUUGAUAACAGUGGGAAAAUUGAAAUCAGCACCUUUCAGUAACAAGUGUUUCUAUGUGGGAGGGGAAUUUGACGCUGGAAAUCUCUCGCCAGAAAUCACUUAUGAAAUUGCAUUUGUGAUAAAAGUGCCUCUCUCAGCAUCCGAAAGGUGUCUGAAAGCUGCUAGAUCUUAUUUUUCCUAUGCUCCUGGAACAUCCCAUGCAGAGGAACUCAUGUUGGUUGACAAGCAAAAAGAUGUAUGGAUUGAACUUGUUGUUGGUGAAUUUAUGACAUCCUCAGCAAGUUUUGACCAAACACUAUACUUCAGGCUGGCAGGUAUCGAGUCUGGGUUCGAAAUUCGAGGUGUUGUUAUUAGGGCUGUUCAAAAAUCGGUCUAGACUGGACCGAAGAAAAGCUAUGAGCUUUUAACUGAUUAUACCCUUAGCUUGGUCUUGGUUACCUUUCUCUGGCUCUAUUUUUCCUUUCUAUUAGGCCAAUUUUGGAGGGUGAUGAUGUUUAGUCAAUAUAAUUGUGAAUUAACCCCUCUUAUGAUCUGUCAAGUUCAAGACUAUGGGUGCUGCUUAUUACAAUUAGGGAGGGUCUACUUGCUGCUUGGGAACAGAACAUCAAAUUCAUUCUUGGAGCUUGAAUGAAACAGAUGCUGAGGCCCUAAGGCAUAUGCUGCUGAAUCUGGUUGCUUACAUGGGAUAAUGAUCUGGCAACAAACAUCAUUCGUGAUGUGAGUGGCUUACUAGAAAGAGAUUGGUGUGUUACUCUCCUUCAUGCCAAAAGAGAUGCCAAUAAUGGAUCGGAAUCGCUCACCGCCUAGCUAAUAUAGGAAGAAGUCAGGUUGAACAAAGGGUGUACCACUUCGGCCCUCCUGCCGAAUCAAAUUUCCAGUGAGUUUGCUGCCCCAAACUGAUAUCUGCUGCUAUGGGAAAUGUUUUCGUCUUCAGAUUAUGCUUUUAUAUGUCUACUUAAUGCACUAUCUUAGUUCAUUUCCUUCUUGUACAGUUUGCCUUUUCUUAAUUAUAGUCGGCUGGACAACAUAUUGCUUGGUCCAUUCAUGCCAUUUAUGGUGUGACUUUUGCUUGUAACAUAAACUACUUUUGCCACAAGGGUUCUUCGUACUCGUUGAUGCAAUAUAAUCGUUCCG